AAAGCUGAAGAACGACCAGAAAAGGAGAUGGAUUGGAGGUAGCGCAUCUUGACUGCCCCGACCGGAAGCAAUUGAUCCACUGAUUUCUUGUUCUUCCCUCUGGUUCGUCUUUCCCUGUCACACUUUAUUCACCACUUUUAAGCGAUUGAAGUAAUUGAAGCCGUCGCAUUCGAUCUUUCUCCUUUUCUUUUCCUCCUUCAAUUUGUUUUUUUUUAUAUUCUUUGAGUUUGGUAGAAGAAUAGAAGAGAGGGGUGAUAGAUCAGUUCUAUCAGAUGGGCUGCGUCCACAGCGGCUUCGGCGACGGCGAUGGCGGGGGAGGCAGCUGCAUUGACGCCAAAGAUGUCGCUUUGGCGACCGGGAGAGGCGGCGGGGGAGUGGCGACGCCGGGCGAGCUCAAAAAGGGAAGUUCCUGGGAGAAGAUGGCGUGGGGGACAAGCGUCAUGCUUUCCAGGGCGAGCGCCGUGAGGAGGAGGCGGUGGCAGCGCCAGCGGAAGGGCGGGGAGGACGAGAACAAGUCGUGGUUGCUAGCGGAGGCUCGAGCGGACGCAGCGACCGAGGCGGAGUCCGCGCAUUCUUCGUUUCGGCUAAGCUUCGGCUCGCAGACGGAGGCGGAGGCGGAGGAGGUAAUGGAAAAAGCUGCCACUCCGGCGGCCACGCCGGUGUUGCUGCUGGUGAAUUUGGAGGAUGAGAAGGAGGGAUCAGGAAGGGGGAACGCCCAUGCGUUAAAACUCAGGGAGCGGCAAGGGCUGGAGGCUCUAGAGCGGACCAUAUCGUCUGCUACCGGAAAUCUGUCGAGGUUUACCUACUCGGAGAUCUCGUCCGCCACCCGGGGCUUCUCCAAAGGAAGAGAAAUCGGCGGCGGAGGCCUCAGCCGGGUGUACAGAGGAAGAAUUGGGGCUGGCCGGAGAGCGGUGGCGAUAAAGCGAGUCGAGGGGCGGGAUCGGGACAGUGCCAAGGCAUUUUGCAGGGAGCUGAUGAUAGUUGCUUCUCUUGGCAGUCCAUUCGUCGUUCCUUUGCUAGGGUUUUGCAUUGAUCAAGAAGGCCUUUUCCUCGUCUACAAAUAUGUCUCUGGAGGAAGUCUGGAUCACCACCUCCAUCUCCAAGGAAAGAAGAAAGGCAGGAGGAAGGUGUUGUCCUGGGAGGCAAGGUACAAGGUGGCCAUUGAAAUUGCUCGAGCAAUUGAGUACCUACACUUCGGCACCGACAGGUGCAUCAUCCACAGAGACAUCAAGCCUUCCAACAUCCUCCUCUCCUCUAACAAAACCCCCAAACUUUGUGAUUUCGGAAUGGCUACAUGGACCAAUGGCCCUUCCCUACCUUUUCUUUGUAAAUGUGUCAAGGGGACUUUUGGUUAUCUGGCACCUGAAUAUUUUCAACAUGGUAAACUGUCAGACAAAACUGAUGUAUAUGCAUUUGGGGUUGUACUCUUGGAACUGAUUACUGGCCAGAAAGCCAUUGAUAGGGCUAGGCCUCAAGGAGAGGAAAACCUGGUCUUGCUGGCAAACCCUCUUCUGCAGCAAGGAGCCGUAGCUGCUGAAAAGUUGAUCGAUCCCAAGUUAAAACCUGGUUCUUAUCGCCCAAGUGAAAUGAACAGGAUGUUUCUCGCUGCAACUGCAUGUUUAAGCAGUCAAGAAACCGCGAGGCCGAGCAUCAUUGAUGUCACAAGAAUGCUGCAAAGAGAAGACGCCCACACUGAUUGGUCAAGUUUCAUGGCGAACGGUUGCCUUGCUGGAUAUGGUGUUCGGUCGGACGAAACAAUGGGAAUGAAUGAAAUGAGCAGCCAUCUAGCUCUGGCCAUGCUCGACGUUUCUGAUGAGGAAGAAGACUUGUACGAUCGAUGAUUCUAUGCUAUAUACCUUUGACAUUUCUUGUAUCACCAUCGAUGUUGUAUGAUUUCUUGUGUUUAAUGAUGGUAUUUGUUCUUUCGAUCGCA